GGGCACGGAGCUCCCGGCCGCGGGUGCGGAAAACCGCACGCGCCGGUGGCUGGCUCCGGGCGCGCGCCCGCAGGCCGCCUAUCCGAGCACGCGAGGCCGGCGCGCGCUAUUCGCGGGCCCCGAGCCCGCGCCUGGUCGCUCCUACCCAGCCGGCGCAUCACAUCGCCAGGCCCCGAUGGCCCCCGAGACCCCGGCCCAGGGGCAGACCCUGCGCUACUUCACCUGGGACGAGGUGGCGCAGCGCUCCGGGCGCGAAAAGGAGCGGUGGCUGGUGAUCGAACGGAAGGUGUAUAACAUAAGCGAGUUCACCCGCCGGCACCCCGGAGGCUCCCGGGUUAUCAGCCAUUACGCUGGGCAGGAUGCUACGGACCCCUUCGUGGCGUUCCACAUCAACAAGGGCCUCGUGAGGAAGUACAUGAACUCUCUCCUGAUUGGAGAACUGUCUCCGGAGCAGCCCAGCUUCGAGCCCACCAAGAAUAAAGAGCUGACCGACGAGUUCCGGGAGCUGCGGGCCACGGUGGAGAGGAUGGGGCUCAUGAAGGCCAACCACGGGUUCUUCCUGCUGUACCUGCUGCACAUCCUGCUGCUGGACGUGGCCGCCUGGCUCACUCUCUGGGUCUUCGGAACGUCCUUCGUGCCCUUCGUCCUGUGCGCGGUGCUGCUCAGCACAGUUCAGGCCCAGGCCGGCUGGCUGCAGCAUGACUUCGGGCACCUGUCUGUCUUCAGCACCUCUACAUGGAACCACCUGCUGCAUCAUUUCGUGAUCGGUCACCUGAAGGGGGCCCCUGCCAGCUGGUGGAACCACAUGCACUUCCAGCACCACGCCAAGCCCAACUGCUUCCGCAAAGACCCGGACAUCAACAUGCACCCCUUCUUCUUUGCCCUGGGGAAGAUCCUGUCUGUGGAGCUCGGGAAGCAGAAGAAAAAGUACAUGCCGUACAACCACCAGCACAAGUACUUCUUCCUGAUUGGGCCCCCAGCCUUGCUGCCCCUCUACUUCCAGUGGUACAUCUUCUAUUUCGUUGUCCAGCGGAAGAAGUGGGUGGACCUGGCCUGGAUGAUCACCUUCUACGUCCGCAUCUUCCUCACCUACGUGCCGCUGUUAGGAGUGAAAGGCUUCCUGGGCCUCUUCUUCAUGGUCAGGUUCCUGGAGAGCAACUGGUUUGUGUGGGUGACGCAGAUGAACCAUAUUCCCAUGCACAUUGAUCGUGACCAGAACAGGGACUGGGUAUCCACCCAGCUCCAGGCCACCUGCAACGUUCACAAGUCUGCCUUCAACGACUGGUUCAGCGGACAUCUCAACUUCCAGAUUGAGCACCAUCUUUUCCCCACGAUGCCUCGCCACAACUACCACAAAGUGGCUCCCCUGGUGCAGUCCCUGUGUGCCAAGCACGGCAUCGAGUACCAGUCCAAGCCCCUGCUCUCGGCCUUCGCCGACAUUGUUCACUCCCUGAAGGAGUCCGGGCAACUCUGGCUCGAUGCUACCUUCACCAAUAACCAGCAGCCCCUGCCUGGAAGAGAAGCCCCUGGACCAGGCAGAGGGGAACCUGAGGGACAAUGCCACUACAUUCUACUAUCCGGAGGGGGGUGGUUUGAGAUAAAAGGCUCUGGCUCAGACUCCUCCCCUUUAUCUCCAUCAGGUCUACCAUGCAAACAGGGAGGGGACACGCAACGUUCCCUGGAAAAAGGAUUCAGCUGUUAGGGGAGGGGUGUGAGUUUUGUUUCUCUUUUUUGUAUGUGUGUCAGAUGCAGGUGGUUGAUGAGCAAAGAGGACGUCAGGAAGGUGUUAGAAGAAUAAGGAGACCAGCUGAGCCCAGAAAUCAAGAGAUUUAGCAGUAAAAUUCCACCCCCCCAGUGCCUGGGAGCUCAGCUCACUUUAGGGCUCUGACCGGUUUCCCUGAGGCUACUGGAGAAGCAAGCGCUCCCUUUUUAGAAUUGGGCAGGGCAGAGGCCAGGACUGUGGUGUUGAAGACACCUGCCCCCCCCCCACCCCCCAAGGAUACUGCCACUACUGAUUCUGGUUCCGUGUUCCGUCCAAAGUACCGAGGGAGCAUUAGGUCCUGAGUCUUGCCAAAACAGCCAGCAGGGCGUUCCUGGCCAUCAAAACUCCCCUCAGCUUUUGAUCCACCUCUCCUAACCAGCACGCAAAGCGGCAAAAAACUCCUAGGACAGGAGGGAGUCCGCUUCUUGCUCCGGAAACGAACGAGCAGAUAGGCAACUUCGUUUUCUCCUCCUCAGAAACCAAUAAGGGCUCCUAAUGGUUCUCUGAGCUUCCCUGCCUCUAACUCCAAGUUCCACGCAGCCGCAGUCCGUGAGCGCAGUGGCCAAGCUGUGGAGGACCACCGCGUCACCAGGCACGAGGGAGGCGCAGGUUCGCUCACGAGGGACGUAAGGGCUGUGAUGAGUUUUCUUAACGCUGUAAAUGAUGUACAGCGCUACUGUAGGGCAGGCGUGGUGGAGUCGAAUGUGAACCAGUUCAUGGUUCUAAAGCCGAAACGGGGAGGAGACAGACACACAAGCUUGUGAUCAUCCAUGGCUUGUGUUAGGCACUUACUCUGUCCGCUCUUGUUCAGGUAUCUUUCUCCGGCUGGAAACCAGGUAGGAAUUUAGGAUAAUCCCUUACCAGUGUCAUGCUGAAUGCAACUUUUAAAAGAUCUUGUUUUUAAAAGGUAGAGAAAACAGUCUGACCCAUCCCCAGAGAGCUAACACCAGAUUGUGCCCCAGGAGUCCCCCCUUAACUCCAGGGCUUGCCAUCAGCACUCCCCCCUCUACGACCUGCCCCCCACCCCCACCAUGGCCAUUCAGUCCAGCGGAGGGUUAUUCGCCUGCUCAGUGACAUCCGCCACAAGCACAUCAGGCAUGUGGGACACCUCGGGGAGGGGACCUCAAACUGGAAGGGCACACAGAGCCCUGGAAAAUUUGUGUUCAGUGCUGGGAAAGGCCACCAGGGCGAUCAAGGGCCCUGGGGCGUGUUGGGAUGGGACUCGAGGCACCGCCUAUGGAGCGGUGAUCACGCAGAGGUUUGUCAGAACACCAGCAGAACAAAGAGACAGGAGAACGGGUUGCAGGGGAGUUCAGAUGUUUUCAUUUCAGCAGCACCUCGUUUAAAUCAGAAGAACUGAGGAGUUCUCUCUCACUGGCUUCCUCACUGCAGAACAGGUGCUGAUCCUUCCCCACCCCUCCACUCCCUGCUACCUAAGGUCUGGGUGUGGUAUCACGAGCCUGCCAUGCUCCCUGGCUCUGGGCCAGGCAGAGCAAACCCAGUGGGACUGACUAGGCCGGGUCCAGAUCCUCAGAGCACCUCUACCAUGUGGCCUUCUUUCCUGGGCCUAGACCAGUGUGGUCACCCGUGACCAAAAAGUGACACACCAGUGGCAGAAGGCUGAGACUUUAUGAGUGAUACCAAAUCCAAUGACCGGAAAGCAGGCUUAGGACAAGUCACAGAUCAUGGCAAAAACUAGUAUUUGAAUUCACUUUUGAAAGAACUCCAACUUCCGUGUUUAUUGUCCUUGUUUUGUCUUACCCCUUGGCCAGAGACAUUUUCUUAAGCCCAAUAUCAUUGUCUUUUUGGUAUGUGCUAAUUUUGUUAACAGAUUUUGAUGAAGUACAGCUGAAAAAUAAAGUUAACUUUGACC